AGGCGUGGAGGGCCGAGGGGAGGAGAGAGGAGAGGAAGGGUGGGGAGAGGAGGAAAAGAGAGGACUAGGAGGGGAGCACGGCGAGGAGGCUGCGGCGGGCGCAGCGGGCACCUGGGCCAGGCCGCCCCGACGAGCAAGGCGCCGCCAUUCCGCUGCUCGGGGCGCCGCCGCCGCCGCCGCCGCGCCCGGGGGCCAUGCUCCCGCCGCCCCCGCGCCAGCCGCCGCCCCAGGCGCGUGCGGCCCGCGGCUCGGUGCGCCUGCAGCGGCCCUUCCUGCGCAGUCCCCUGGGCGUGCUGCGGGUGCUGCAGCUGCUGGCCGGCGCCGCCUUCUGGAUCACUAUCGCCACCAGCAAGUACCAGGGCCCCGUGCACUUCGCGCUGUUCGUGUCCGUGCUGUUCUGGCUGCUCACCCUGGGCCUCUACUUCCUCACGCUGCUGGGCAAGCACGAGCUGGUCCCCGUGCUGGGCUCGCGCUGGCUUCUGGUCAACGUGGCGCACGACGUGCUGGCGGCCGCGCUAUACGGCGCCGCGACCGGCAUCAUGAGCGACCAGAUGCAGCGCCACAGCUACUGCAACCUCAAGGAUUACCCGCUGCCCUGCGCCUACCACGCCUUCCUGGCGGCCGCCGUCUGCGGCGGCGUCUGCCACGGCCUCUACCUGCUCUCGGCGCUCUACGGCUGCGGCCGUCGCUGCCAGGGCAAGCAGGAGGUGGUGUGAGGCCGCCCGCGCCCGCCGCGGUCCGGAUCGGGGCAGGGGACCCCCCGGAGACCAGCGCCCCCAGUCCCUGCCGCCGACCCGCGCGGGUGCGCCCUGGCACCCUCCCCCUCCCCUCCAGCGUUUCCACUGUCGCCCGCGCCCAGGGACCCUGACGCGCAGCUCCCGCCCGACUGCAUCGCCGCGGUUGCCGCCGCCCGGAAUCCCGAACGCCGCGCCGGACGCGCCGUCUCCAGGGACCAGCGCAGGGCUGCGAUCCGAGGGGCGGACGCACGCUCGCAGACUAGCCGCCCCAAGGCCAAACCUCGCGGUUCCAAUUCCCUUCCCUGCCGAGACUAAGACGUGGACAGGCGCCGCGUAGAUCCGGGGGAGGCUCCCAAAUUGGAUCCAGGCUUCUGGCUGCCCCCUUCCCUCCCACCCCGCGGUCGGAAGCGCACCCCCUUCCCAGGCCCCUUGUCCAGCCUCCCGUGCUGUAAAGCGCAGGAGCUGGGCCGCGGGCGGAGCUGAGAACAGGCCUUGGCUGAUCCCAAGAUGACCGACGAGUUUGUUUUUAGCUUGGGAUUGUGCGGGCGUCCUGCGAAGCCCCUCCCAGCCUGUCUCUCGGUGGUGGGAUGCGUUGGGGUGGGGCCCAUCCGCCAAGGUGGAUGGGAGGAGCCGGUGGGCUGUACCCUUACACUUGUGGAGUCUCCUCUUGCCUCUGCCUACUCUGCCUUUGUCCUUCAAGUUUUUUGCAGGCCAGUCCCAAACACACGCUAACCGUCCUGGCCUCUCCGUGACACAAGUGUCUUCCCAGCCUUCCUUACCUGCUUCUGCCGCCCCUCUCAUCUCCCCCCAUAUCUGUUUGCAUUAGGAGUCCCACAACCAUGGCGGAAUAUUAAGGUGAACCCCACCCCUUCUUACAGAUGGGGACCCAGAGCCUGUUCUUGGGAACAGCCAGAGUAAGAUUAAAAUCAGAACUCGCAGUCCAGCGCUGUUUGCAUUAAAAGGGUGGGUGAGUCAGGACCCCUGGCUCAGGAGCCGCCUCCCUCGAAAAGAGGGUUUCAAGGCCAAGUUAGUUUGUCAACGGUGCUGUCUUCCCUUCUUGGAGAUGCUCAUUAGCUUAUCAAAGACUCUGAGAAGUUUCCCUGUUACAGAAUUAAUUUAGUUUACUGUAUUAGCUGCUCCUGGGCCUGGAGCAGUAUUCCUGCCUGGAAGUUCCCAGCAGUCCUGUGCUGUCCCGGCUCUCAUUCAUGCCUAAGGGCUCAACCCAUUGCUUGUGUUCUGUUUGAAGAUUUGGGGGAGCCCCUUCUCUUUCUCUUCCCCAGGGAGUUUCUCUAGCAGAGGGAGGGGACCCACCCCAGAGAGGAAGGAGAUUGCUGCCCCUAGCCAGAGACCUGAACUGGGGAAUAUGAACAUUCCUUGACGUUGUUGGAGAAAUGAAGCCAAAGUUAUUGGGAUGGUUUUCCCAGUCUAAAGGAAAGUCACCUGCAAGAGAUCCUGGCGCCGACCUGCAGCAGCUGGCAGGGUGGGUCUCACUUACCAAAGAGAAGAACCGCUCUCUGGCGCUGGGGUGACCUGCUGGCUGGGCCUGUAAGGUUUCCAUGUUGCUGAGGCCACAGAGAAUACCAGAGCUGGUCACACCGACCUCUCCCAGGGCCUGCUGCCCUGGGCUGGCAACACCGUUCUGGCCUGGGCCUGCAGAAGAUUUCAGAGUCUUCACUGGCAGUAGCAGGAGGUGGGGAGAGAAAUGACCUCUGCCUAGUAGUUUCCUUUCCGCAUCAUGCAAUGGAAGAUCCCAGAUGGGUGAAGAUUGAUUUUGCCUUAACUCAAGAGAAUUCCUGUUCUCCUUGUGCUAUGGUUUGGACACAAGAUUCUGGACACCUGGAACUUAGCUGUAUACUCCUGUACCCUAAACAAUGGGUUUGACUUCAGCCUUUAUUCUUUUUUUCUUUUUUCAGAUCACCAUCUAAGUUAUACUUUUAGCUCAGGUCCAGCCUUCUCAAGAUCUCCCUCUUAGCCCCCCAGCCCCUGGUGCUGUCUGUGGUCAGGUGACCUUACUCAGGAGCAGAUAUCUCCUUGGCCGCCAUGGAGCCUCAUCCAUCCACACAUGCCUGUAGCAUUCCAGAGCUCACUGCUCUUAGAUGUGCCUUCCCACUGGGCUUCCAGCAGCUCUGUGCUCCCUUUGUCUGCCAGGUAUGAGAAGGACAUGUAAGACCGCUACCACACUCACCCUCCCUCAAGGCCCUGUGCCAUAGGGGUGGCCACCUGACCUGCCCCCAGAACUUUUGGAUAGUGGAGGCAGUCACAUAAGCCUCCCUCUUUGGACACCAGGACUCAGUCCAGCCCAAGACCACUCUGGGCAGCUCCCAUCCUGGUCUGGGGCCAUUUGCAGACUCAGGACAGGAUUUCUACAGUGUUCUAUAAAAGCCAAGAGAAAGUGGGUUUGGGAAGAAUGAGGGUGGCUGGGGAGAGGGGACUGAUGUGCCUCAUUAUUUAGUGGUGAUUCUUCAUAUGCUUUUCUGGAUAAAGUUUGGUUGUCUGCUCUUGG